UUUUAGCUGCACUACUUUCGAGGCAGAAUUUUCUUGUUGUUAUAGCAACCUUUGAUGUAAAGAUGUCUGAAGAGGAGUUCAGGGACUUUGAUGAAGAGUUAUCAGAGGGGGAUCCGGAAGAGGGGGAGGGUGAGGUAGAGGUUGUGGAGCAAGAGCUAACCAAGGAGUUGGCUGGUGAGUGUCUCUCACUGCUCAGUAGGACUGGCAAUGGACUCAGUCAUGCUUACGUCCGACUGGACCUCAAAAACAGGAAAUUGACUGAUAUAGCAGCCAUCCAGUCCUUUGUACAUGUUCGCUAUGUGGAUGUGUCUGGCAACUACCUUGAAGACAUUAGUCCACUGGGAGAGCUCCCUCAACUGCUCACACUACAUGCUGACAACAACAGACUAGCAACUAUUAAUCUGAAAGAGCUACAAUACUUGCAAGUGGCCAGUUUUGCCCAGAACAAGCUGACCACUACAGAAGGCCUUUCCCAACCAAUGUUGGACAGACUCAAUCUAUCCUCUAACCAGAUCACUGAGUUAUCAGGACUCACUGAAACACAGCUCCCUUGUCUCACUUCCCUGGACCUCCACGGGAACAAGCUCACGUCCACCAUUGGCAUUCACCUGCCCUCACUCCAGAAGCUCUACCUUGCCUCCAACACUCUCACUAAACUAGAGGGUCUUGAAGGACUGAGGCAGCUCACCACACUGCAUGUACGGGAGAACCAGAUCACCACUCUCGAUGGGUUUGCACCAAGCAUGGAAGGAUUGCAAUACUUAAAUCUGAGAGGUAAUGCAGUGGAAGUAUUGUCAGAGCUCACUAAACUUCAGUGUCUACCAUUCCUUAGAGGGCUGGUUUUAGCAGAAUGCCCACUGUGUGAGCUGGAUGAAUACCGAGUGGAGGUACUGAUUCUCUUGAGAGGACUUGAGAGACUGGACAAAGAUGAGUACACCGAGGACGAGAGAGCUGAUGCUGAGGAGUUGUCAAAACAACGAGCAGAAGAAGAAGCCCCAGAAAACGAGACAGUUGAACACACUUAACUUGUUUACCAUGUUUUAUUAACCCAUUUGAAUAAUUAUUGUGUCAAAAAUAUUAUAAAAUGAA